UUAUUGCAGGUGGUAUGAUAAUUUCUGAUGAAAUUCUUCAAGAAAAAGAAAGAGAAUUUGCAACUCAUUUUAAUAUUGAAGAAAGUCAAUUAAAUUUUUUCAAAGGCUGGCUAACAAAAUUUAAAAAAAGAAAUAAUAUUCAUAUGUAUAAGUUACAUGGUGAAGUUGAAUCUGCACCUCUGGAAUCUUUAGCUGAAGAAUACUUAAAAUUACAAGAAUUAUUAUCAAAAUGUAAUCCAGAAGAUGAUAAAACCAAAGUUACAGUAUUACUUGCUACAAAUAUUACAGAAACACACAAGUUGAAACCAUUGGUAAUUGGCCAUAAUAAAAAUCCUCAAUAUUUCAAAAAUAUCAAUGUCACAAGUUUACCAGUUCUUUUGUUAGUAGAUAAUGCACCUUCCCAUACUAGUCCUGUAGAAAAUAAUUCUAAAAAAAAUAAGCAACAAUCUAAAGAUAAUGUAUCUUUUACUUUAACCAAUAUUACAAUUCAUUAUCUUCCCCCCAAUACAACAUCUCAUAUUCAACCAUUAGAUGCAGGAAUUAUUAAAAAAAAUGCAACUUAUCAAAAAUUAAUUACUGAAAUAGAAACUUAUAUUAAUGCUAUUGAUAAACUUCUUGCAACUGAAGAUGUUCUUUCUGAAUCUGAAAUAGUUACUAUGAUACUUGCAGAUAAUGAAAUUGAAAAUAAUACUUCUCCAGAUCCCGAAGAAGAAGAAGAGUUACCUCCACCUCGUAUUACUUCAACUGAUGCAUUAAAUGCAUUAAAAACAUUAAUUAGAUAUGAAGAACAGCUUUCUGAUAAUGAAACAAUCUCACAAGAUGAAUUGCGCAAAAGAUUGCCACUAUACGAGAAAAUGU